UUUGAUGCUGAAUCUGAAAAAAUUAUUUUCAGAAGCCGAAAAAAUGAACAAAGUAGAAAAUUUUGCACAUUUCGAAAAAGAUGUGUUUUUCUCGAAAAAUGACAUCUUCGCAGUAUUUCGUAUUUUUUGACCGGAAGGAAGUAUUUGCUAAGGCUGAAAAGUAGUUUUUCGUGAUCAGCAGCUCACACUCUAUCAAAUGGUAUAAAAAAAAAGCAAAAAAAAUCUUACUCGAAAUUCGCAUUGCCGGCACCUUACAUCUAAAUCAAGUUUAAAUAAGAUCUAUUGUAAAACCUUUAUGUCGAGCUCAUCAAGAUGUUCGUGCAUGUCUUAUUUUUACUUUACUUCAUUUUGUUGGUAGAUCAAAUAAAACAACUGAUGGUCCAAUACUUUGGAAAAUUCUUGAAGAAGCUGCACAGGAUGAUUAUCUUCCUGUAAUCAAAUCUUUAUUUGAUACUGAUCGAGGAAAAUCUCGUUGGCCAUUAACGCGAUUAAAAAAUAUCUCCUAUGAAAAUUUUGAUAGAUUUGUGAAUCGAAUUCAGUUUAAAGUGUUAGAUCACCCAACAUCAUUAAAAGCACGUUCAGAAGCUUGGACAAAUAUUGAUCAUGGACAUUGUGAUACAAAUAAUUAA